GUGUGUGUGUGUGUUGUCAACAGCGCCGUUUGGCACAGGAUGUUGGACUUCUUGGAUCAGCUGCCAAGCCUCGGGAAGCGGACUCUCCCCGCCCGCUGCCCUUUUGUGGGGACACAGGGAGGGCAGGCUGCGGCCUUGGCGCGGGCGCCGCCUAUGCGAAAGUGUCCCUUGAGCGCCACCUGUUACUUCUCUCCCGCCGGCCCCGCGCGCGGAUCUCCUGCUGCGCGCUCGGCUGAGGGAAAGGGAGCAAAGGUGCCUCAGGCUCUUCGUCUGCGCAUUCUCCGCGGGGCCACCUGCGGGCGCCAUGACCGUCGGGGGGACCCGGAGAGCCAACUACCCCCGGCGGGGGCCUGCGGAGGACGAAAUCUCUAUCCUGGAAAAGGACGAGGAAGAAGAGGAGGAGGAGGAGGAGGAGAGGAGGCAGACAGCCCCAAGCGGCCCCGCUGAGGAGGGGGAGUCCGGCUGCGCCUCCAAGAAAGUCGCCUUCGCCGUCCUCCCGGACAAGUACGAGCCUCUCGGCGGCGCGGGAGACGAGCAGCAGCCCAAAGCCGAGCGCAAGAGCAAGAAGCGCAGGAGGAAGCUCAAGAAAUACGGCAAGAAUGUGGGCAAAGCACUGCAAAAAGGAUGCCGUUAUCUGGUACUUGGUCUGCAGGGAUUAGCUAAUGCCUACUCAUCUCCUCUUGGAGUGGCUGUUUCAAUAGCUACGGCGUUUCGUUAAGACUUGCAGCCUGCCACAUUUGGGUUGAAGACAGAAGGAAUGGUCGUUGAAGCACCUGGCCAAAUUUCCCUUUCGCUGAAACUUCGUCUUCAGAAAUGUCUCUCAACUCAGCACGAAGAAAGAAAAAAUAGAUCAGACUGAACAUUCAGGAUGGCUAAUUUGCUGCUCUGGACUUGAGUAGUUCUCUGAUAAGUGCUUUGAUCAAAAGAAUGAGUAAGGCCAAAAGAACAAAACGUUGAUUAGCUGGGCUAGCUUUAGAAAUAUAGUAAUUGUGUGUCAACCACUCACCAGCAGGAUUGGCCCAAGACAUUUGGCCACCUGAGGCAAGGAUGGCACCCCACCUCCCAUUCCAUGUGCAAAAUCCAACUGGAUUGUCAGCUGAAUGAACAUUGGUGGCAGGACAGUGCCCCCCGCCACACAUGAGGCCUGAGAGGUAUAGGGCAGACUAUGCGACAUGCACAACUCUGUCCUUCAACACCUCACCUCCAUUCCUCACCCCUUGAGGCAGCCACCUUUGCCUAACAGUGGUGACUGGUCUCCACUGGGACUGCUAGCAUGUAAGGCAGGAGGCCAACAGUAGGUGGAGCCAGAGCCAAUGACAGGCAAAACCACGGUCAAUGAUAGGCAAAGUCAAUUAAUUCUAAUUUUGUCUCUAUCCUUCUCCUUGCUGAGUUCUGCACAGGAAACACUGAAGCUAAGGAGGAGGGAGCUGAAAGCCAGUUACAUCCUUUGGACCAAUUAUAAUUGAAAAAAGGUAGGGAGAUGGAGGUUGACUGAGGGUAAACUGAAGCUGGUGCGGUAGUGCCCCAUUCAGCCCAAUGGACCAGACUGUACUGCCGCCUAUUAGUCGGGCUGGCCUUGACAAAAGCAAAAUCUGUGGACAAAGAAAAGGACAGCAUGUAGGAGGAAAUGGAGGUAGAGGGGACACAUGAAAGGAAAACAAAGAGAGGAAUUUUUCAUAAUUCUGGUCAGGCCUUAGUAAUGCUGCAUGGUGGGCUGGUGUUCCACAGAGGCAGGAAAAGCUGCAUCUGUGGAAUGUCUACUAUAUCAGGGAUUGGGAACUUCUGGAUGUUGUUGGACUACAACUCCUAUCAUCCCUGACCACUGGCCAUGCUGGCUGGGCUGGAUGGGAAUUGGAGUCCAACAGCAUCUGCAGAGCCACAGGUUACCCAUCCCUGGUCUACAUGUUAGAACACGCAGGAGCAACAGCAGAAGCAGGCAAAGACCAGAAAAGAUGGAUGAAAAGGGAGAAUUGGGAAGAAAAAUUAUUUGACAAAAUAAGAACUUGAGGACAUUAUUGCAUUGGCUCCAUCACGUAGCCAAGCAUCUUGCAAUCAGUUCCAGAUACCUUGGGAGUCCUGGUUCUUAGCUGGAGAAUUGUGAGACCUCUGUGGGUAGGGUUGCCAGACCCUGGUAGUGCUUUUAUCUCUCUUAAGGGAAGGGAACAUUUCUGCAAGCCACGUCCACUUUCACCAGCCUCAUGCCCACCUUCAGUGGCUGAAAUGUGUUUUUGAGGGCAGAUAAUUAGUUUCAUUUGCUUGGAUAGAGGAUAGAAGCAGGUGUGUGUGUAUAAACUAGCCUAUGGUACAAAGGUAACAUUUACAUUCAUUGCUCUGCCUGCUUUUGUCUCUGGCCUUGCCUACCACUGUCAUGCAGCUCCCAGAAGGCUGCCCAGAAGAGACUGCAGUCCUCAGACUGAAGAAUGUUCCCCACCACUGUGCUAAUUUCACACCAUGCGUACUUUUAUAAACCUGUAUUAAAGGUGUGGGAAACCUUUGGCCCUUCAAAUGUGGCAGAACUAUGACUCUCAUCAGCCUCAGCAAGCAUGUCUCAAUAGCUAAGAGUUUAUGGGAGUUGUAGCUCAGCAGCAUCAGGUUAGAACGUGAGACCAUAAGAUGAUCCUGUGGAAUCAGGACAUCCAGUUGUCACAGUGGCCAGCCAAGCUGCUUAUGGGAAGCUCUCAAGCAAGACCUGAGCCCAAGAGUACUCUCAUCUCCUGUGGUCUCCAGCACUGGUAUUUGGAAGCAUUACUGCCUCCAACUCUGGAGGUGGAGCACAGCUGCCAUGGCUAGUAUCCAUCUAUAGCCCUUUAAUAGAAUUAAGAAUCUAAUCCUCUUUCAAACCCAUCUAAAUUGGGCACUAUGCAAGUAAGUGCCAUAGUUUAUGUGUUUAUUUUUAAAAAUACAUACUGAAUUUUCCAACAUUCAGCUUCAUUGUAUGUCCAUGAAUUCUAGCAUUAUAAAAGAGGUUCCCCACACCUACUCUAUUAUGUCAUUUCCCCACCACUACUCUGCGGUAGACUUUCAUUCUUCUUCUGUAUCACCUGCUUGACCUGUGACUGUAGGUCAGGGGUGAGGAAUCUUCAGCCCACAGGCCGACUUAGACCUAGUUAGGCCUCCUCUCAUGACCCCCAAGGCCAUUUUGGCCAAGCCACACCCACCUGCCCUACCCUUGACUUCAUAUAUGUCAUCAGUUGUGGGGCAGAUGAAGACCUGGCUCAGCUGAAAGGGGGUUUAUAGGUACCACGGAUGGGUGGUGCUUGCAAAGUCCUACUUGGGUCUUGUGAAGCACCUCACAAAAUGAUCCUGAAGACCCCUGCAGGCAAAAAUGGACCCCCUGGUGCCAUGAUGCCAGGUGAUUGAUAAGUGAGCGUCCCCCACCUGUCUCUCAAACGUUGCCUGUGAGGGGUGGGAGAGAUAACAAUCUGUCCCACCAACCAGAUCCAGCUGCCCACCCCUGCUGCAAGGGAAGGGAGGUAGCUCAGUGGUAGGACAUCUGCAUUGCAUGUAGAAGCUUCUAGGUUCACUCUCCAGCAUCUCCAGGUGAGGCUGGGAAAGACUCCAUGUCUGAAACUUUGGAGAGCCACUACUAGUCAGUGUAAAUAAAUAAUACCAAGCUGGAUGAGCAGUUGGUCCAUCUCAGUAUAAGGUGGCUCCUUAUGAUCUGAUUGUCCUGGGACCAUGUGGCUUCUGACACCAUAGCAAAUGACAAUUCUUGUUCUACAGGUGGUGCAGAGGGCCACCUUACAGCCACAAUAGUCUAGGGCAGUUCAUGUGGCACUCAAGGGCAUUUUUGGCAGAGAAAUCAGGGCAGGAAUAGAAAGUAGCCCCAGCAAUCUUGCUUUGCAGCUAGAAUGCUACACCUAGGAUUACAAAGCAGGUGGGAGUUGUGUAAGACAUCUGUAUGGCAUGCAGAAUUUUGCCCCAUUUGUUGGGUACUAGAUGUUGCCUUGGCAUAGCUCUCUGUUUAUCCUGCUGCAGUCAAAGCAGCUGCAGACAAUCAAGCAGCCUGUGUGUAUAGGACAGAAGUAUCUGUCAUGGUGUUUAAUAAAACUCAUCUUCCUGGAAUGCCCUAGGCACCAAGAGUAAGAGCUCAGAUGAAUAUCUCACUGGAAAAAGCAUUAAGCUGGCUUGCUGGGUUUAACCUUAUGGAUGGAAAUCUCUGAAAGCUGCUAUUUAAAGAAUUAUCUUGUCCAGUGUUGACAGAAAAAUCAAGCCUUUGCAUUCCCAAAAUGAUAUAUUUCUACCUAGAUAAUAGUUAAUUUUGAUACGUUUUAUAUAUACCUUCUGAGCUUUACAGAAUUUAUGCAAGAAUACUUGCUUUUUUAAAGAAAUAUGCUUUAAAGCUGGUUGUUAUUUUGUUUUACUUAAUAUUAAUGAACCUGCUAACAAGUAAGCUGAUGUACUAAGAGAAAUUAAAUAGAUUUAACCAGAGUGCAA